AUGGCGGCGGACUACUGGAUUGGCUACGGAUAUCAGAUAGCCAGGCAAAUACUGGGCAGUUAUUUUUAUGCUGAGGAGAGUGAAGAACCUGAAAACGCACGAGUCGUCAUGUUCCAUUCUUUUAUGGAAAAGGAUUCUGGAAAGGUCAACAAAGUAGAGACGUUCUACCAGUACCACCUGCAUGAUGUGGCAAUCCCCAGUCUAGCAGACAUGGCUAUUUCCGACCACGAGUAUUUAACACCUUUCUCCAAUCACUUCCUGCUUGGGCCUUGGAGACUAAGACAACUAAGGGUGGCAAAAGGCUCAUGCUAUGAAGGCGCCGAGAAAAUAUUCGAGAGAUUCCAAAUCUACAACGUUCAAUGUUCCAACGAGUAUUCAGUUAAGACCCAAGACACCGGCAAUUACAACAUGACAUGGAGUAAGUCUUUACCCGAGAAUUCGUCGCUUGAGUCACCGUGGAUACACCAGUCAGCAUGGCAACUGAAGACGCUACCUACCGUUGGAAAACGGGCAACUUACUCGGGUGGGGGAUAUGUAGUCCUUCUACCUCAAGAAUCCGAUCUUCAACCAGGAAUCAUUCAAGACAUGUGGAACUCGGACUGGAUAGACGAGUACACCCGAGCAGUCCUGCUGGAAUUCACAGUGUACAAUCAAAAUGCAAACCUUUUCACGGCGGCUGUGAUCAUGUUCGAGUACCUGAACACUGGCGAAGUCGUACCAUCCCAUCAGUUCCAUUCCACAAAGCUGUUCCAUUAUUCUACGGAUUUUAGUAUAUUCGUUGCUAUGUGUGAAGUGCUCUUAUUUGCCUUUAACGUAGCAUUUGCGUACAUCGAGUGGAAAAGGUUUAAAGUUCUUGGCAAAAGAGCCUAUUUCAGCGAUAUUUGGUCUUACGUUGAAAUAAUACAAAUUUCCUUGUCUUAUUCUGUCAUUGGACUGUUUUUCCAACGAAUGGUUUCAGUGAACAGCGUGAUAGAUGAUUACAGGGCUAGUAAUGUGUCAUCGUUCAUCAGUUUUCAAACAGCAUUAUUCUGGGAUUCAGUCCUUGUUUACCUGAUGGCCUUUUUGGUGGGCCUUGUCACCCUGAAAUCGAUAAAGCUGCUUCGUUUUAACAAGAGGACAUUCAUGAUAAUGGACACUGUAAAGCAAUCAAAAGGCAUGCUACUCAGUUUCAUGUUCAUGGCAUGUGUAUUUGUAAUUGGGUUCGGGCAUUUCUGCUAUCUGGCUUUUGGAAAGGUUCUGUCUGAUUAUAGAAGUUUCCUCAGAAGUGUCAUUGCAAUCUUCAACUUUGCCCUUGGAACUUCGGACUUUCCAGGAAUCGAGCAAGCACACAGGGUGUUGGGACCAAUCUUCUUUGUUGGAUUUGUGUUUAUCGUUAGCUUCUGCUUCAUGACUGUGUUUGCAGCCAUUCUCGAUUUCGGAAUCAACGAGUCAAAGGCCCUGUUCAUGAAAAGACGCAACAAAAUUGAGCUUCUAGAGUAUAUCAUCGGGAAAUUUAAAACUAUUGCUGAUAAGAAUUAA